UUCUUCCCCAAAUCCUAGUCCUGCAGGAAAGGCAGGAUGCAGGAAGGAAAAAUGUGAUGCUGAUGUGCUUUCCUGUGGGCAUUACAGGGAACAGGUUAUUUUGCAGGACUGUGUGUGUAUUUCUGCAGGUAGAGAGGAUUUCAAGAAAGGAACAAGGACUUAGGGAACCAGAAUAAAAAACUUGUUGUGGGAGUACUAAAUAGGAGAUGAAUGUAGACUCACCUGAGCUGUGUGACACAUUCCUAUGUCUCUGUGCUGUGACAAGAAGGAGCUGGUACCUAAGAGGCAGGGCAGAGGCUGUGCUUGCCACAUCUCCAAGAUGCCACAAGGCAUGGAGGCAGGCAGAAUUUUGUGCUCUAACUUUGAUCAGCAAUGGCCCUUUAAGGCUGAGCAAGGCAUGCAGCACAGACACUGCCCAGUUCCAAACCCAGCAGCCACGUGAAGUGUACCCGGGUGGGCAGUGCCAGGCUGGCACAGCAAAAGCCUCCCCGUGGCAGAGGGAAUCUGAUUGUACUUGCUGGCACCCACCCACUCUGCUCCCCUUUUCCUUGGGUCAAGUGAGAAGAACCUGUCUCCAAGCACAAGAUUUUGGAGGUAUGUGUCAGAGUAAGAGAUGCCUGAUGGUAAAAUAUCUGUCUUGCCCUGAUUUCUGCCUGGAGUGCUGCAAUGUCAAGUGAAAUAACCUUCUAAGCUGUCUCUGGUGCAGAGGAAGUAAUACGCAAUGAGGAAACUCUCAUCGUCUCUGCAUCAGGGAGAGAAUUAUUGACUGAGUGCUGAGCAGUCAAGUUAUUGAUUCAAACCAUAGCCCAGUCUCUCCGUCUGCCGCUUGGAGUGGCCGGGUACGUCCUUCUGGUUCGCUGCAUUUAAUCGGAUUCCCUGAGCUGCUGCACAGAGGGGGAGAGUCAGAGCCAGAUCCAUCUAUAAUGUUCGCUUCAAAAUCCAGUUCUGUAUCCCCUUCUCCGUCCAUGGAGCAGGCAGAUUCAGAUGCUCUGGACAUCAGCACCAAAGUGCAGCUGUACGGCGUGCUCUGGAAGAGACCUUUUGGAAGGCAGUCAGCCAAGUGGUCCAGGAGGUUCUUCAUAAUUAAGGAAAGUUUCCUGCUCUACUAUGCUGAGAGUGAGAAGAAGAGUUUUGAAAGCAAUAAAUACUUCAAUAUCCACCCCAAGGGUGUCAUACCCCUGGGAGGCUGCAUCGUGGAGCCCAAAGAGGAGCCCAAUAUGCCUUAUGCCAUAAAGAUCUCUCAUGAAGACUUCCAUGGUAACAUUGUUCUAGCAGCUGAAUCAGAGUUUGAUCAGGCUCAGUGGCUGGAGAUGCUACAGGAGUCUGGAAAAGUAACCUGGAAGAAUGCCCAGCUGGGAGAAGCCAUGAUCGAGAGCCUGGAAGCCCAAGGUCUGCAGCUGGCCAAGGAGAAACAGGAGUAUUUAGAUAAGCUAAUGGAAGAAACAGAAGAGCUGUGUCUGCAGAGGGAGCAGAAAGAGGAACUCGAGCGUCUGAACCAGGUCCUGGAAGCAGAGAAGCACCGUUUUGAAGAGGUUGUACGGGAGCUGCGGGUGGAGCAGGAGCAGAUCAGAUGGGAGCUAGAGCUCACAGCCCGCUCCCUUAAAGGAGUGGAGGAAGAAAAGAAAGAGUUGCGAAGCCUGACACAGUCCUUACAGAAAACCCUAGAGGAGCUCUCCCUGGAGAAGCAGCAAAUGUUGGAGAUGCUGGAAGAAAAUGAGAGCCAGCUCCCACCUCCAGCCAGCCCCAGCAAGGAGCAGAGCCCCAUCUGGGGACUGCACUGCAGCCUGCAACAGAUUGAAGAGAAGAUGCAGAAACUUAUGGAGGAGAAACUCCUGGCAGAGAAGAGGAUGAAAGAGAAUGAGGAGCGGUCCCGAGCACUGGAGGAGGAGCGGGAGUUUUACUCUUCCCAGUCACAAGCGCUGCAGAACUCACUCUUGGAGCUGACUGCGGAGAAGCAGCAGACGGAGAGAGACCUCAAGGCUGAGGUGAAAGUGCGCAUGGAUCUGGAGAAGAAGCUGAGAGAAGCUGAGGAAGCAUUGCAAAGCUUGGAGCAAGGCUUAAAUUCUCUGGAUUGCAACAAGGAGAAAGAGGAGAAGAUGAAAGCAGAUGUCAGUAACUUGAGAAAGUUCUUUGAAGAGUGCAUCCGCAACGCUGAGCUGGAGGCCAAGAUGCCCGUGAUCAUGAAGAACUCUGUGUACAUCCACAAGGCUGCCACUCGUCGCAUAAAGAGCUGCCGCUUCCACCGCCGGAGAGCCAGUGCUUCGUGGAAUGACUUGAAGCAGUCCCAGUCCUUCAUCUUCUCGCACUCAGAAGCUGAAAACAUUGAAGAGCUGAAAGAAGCAGCCAAAAGACUGAGCCGGGACCAGCGCUUCAGGAAAACUAUCUAUCAAAUCAUGAGGUCGCAAAAAGAUUCUGCUUCAGGGGAUGAAAAGUGACUCUUGUUGGGAGGGUGCUUCUGACAGCAACUUGCCAUUCAGCUCCACAAAAGUUACGCCAUUGGGCUCUAGGCAGAUUUGUCUUUUGGUGGGGAAAGUGGGGGAAAGUUGUGUGUAAGCAAUUCCCUCAGUUAGUGGCUUUGCUUUAGUUUGAAUGCUCCCUGUAGCCUGGCAGACCUUCUCUGCUGAUCACUCCAAAUCUGCUUGCUUCAGCUGCUUACGUUAAGCCACAUUUUGCUGAGAUACCAUGGUCAGUGUUAAAGUGAACCACAGACCGUAGCUUAGGAAGUGCCUCUUCUUUCCUUUCCUGUCUAGUCUGUCUGCCAAACACAAGUGCUUCUGAGAAAGCCUUUGAUCAACCUAUGCUCCAGCUAGUGUAACCUCCCCAGCUGGACACAGCUUACCCUGUUCUGCCUGAUCCCCUCGAGGAAAUGGCUCGCUGCACCCCCCCGGCCAGUCAGCACUUCAGUGGGGCACAUUUCCUCAAGACUGCAACAGUCCUAGCCUCCCAAGCACAGGCAGGAAUAUCAAAUACAGGGCAGCCUCUUGGUGUUACAUCAUUUCAAGCAAAUGGUAGCAACACAAGGUGAAGACAACCCAAGGAUGUUAUGGAUUUGACUCCAAGGAGGAUCAUGUGCAGAGAAGAGCUUAUAGGUAACACAGUGGCAUUGAUGCAAGUUGGAGG